AUGUAUCAAAAAGCCGAUCGCCUUGGAGACCUUGGUGGAAGCUGCAUUUCCAAUUUAAUGAGCAAUCGAUUUGCACUCCAAGAACAAUGGCCAAGUGCUCGAUCACCUCAGUGGCUCAGAGGAAAGUGGUGGGCGUUAAAAAAACGAGUUCCGGACUACAAAAAGUUAGACUUCAGGGGUAUUUUGGACUAUUUACACACAACCUAUUUAGAUGCACUUAAAAUCAAGAUCGACCGGCAAACCGUCGCCCUUGCAUCUACAUUUACAGUUGGGGCCAAUCCCGUAUCUUUGCACGGCAAUGAUCGCUUCACUAGUCAUGUGACAUUACCAGGGAUAGCUACAAACACAUCUCACGCUGAUUUGCAAGAUUCUUUGGCAAGCAGUCAGCCGUUGAUCAGCACUUCAACAAUCGAUUUAGCCUCGUUGCACGGGUAUCAACUACAACUCCAAUUAGCCUCACUUUCACCGCAUCAGUUGGUUAUACCAGUUAGCUCCAGUAGUAUCGGUUCGAAUCUGACGGACCAUUUCAUUAUACCCGUGAACAUGACGCCUGCAGUGAUCACAUCGUCUGCUGACCAAACCUCCACGCAGGCAGGUUUCAUUGUUCAAAAUGUAAGCGCAGCUACAGAUAAUCAAGGCGUUGUCGACAGCCCACGUGGUGUAGAAUUGGCUCAAGCAUUGGUGCAAACCGAUUUGAGUAUACCAAUACCAGCUAGAGAUAUGACGCAAGAGGAUCUUGCUUCUGCUAACAUCCAAGGUAAUCAUGUUUUUGUAGCCCUUAUCCUCUUUCGUCCAAACAGCUCAAAUUCUCGUCCAAACACCUGCCAUUUGAUACAAGAAAAUUGUUCUAUCAAAACUUCAUACAAGUCUAUUUUGAUUACGGCAGUGUGGUUUGGGGGUCUUCUACGGAGAUAUCCUCGCUGUUGAAGCUUCAAAAGAGAGCAGCUAGGUUGAUAUGUGACCUUCCAGACCGUGAACAUUCAGGUCCACUGUUUAAGAAACUGAAAUGGCUGCCCAUUCAACGAAGAAUUAACUUCAAAACAGCCAUAGUAGUCUACAAGGCUCUAAAUGGACUAGCUCCAAAAU